AUGGAUCAUCAGGUAGACCACCUGGUCAACAAGGCCUGGGCAAAAUUCUGCUCAACACCAGAUAACGCACGCCUCAUGAUAGCAGUAAGCGGAAUUCCAGGAUCCGGCAAAACCGGUCUAGCAAAUACAAUGGCAGCCCGAAUCAACAAAAUCCACGCCUCCGAAAACCCCACGGCACCCGCAAUCGCCAAUGCAAUCCCCAUGGACGGAUACCACCUCACGCGCGCCCAGCUAGCAGCAAUGCCAGACCCCACAUACGCCGCCGCACGACGCGGCGCCGCAUUCACCUUCGACGGCGACAAGUUCCUCACACUCGUGCGGGCAUUGCGGGAACCAAUUACGAGCACAACGCCGGAUCUGCACGCGCCUAGUUUUGACCAUGCGGUUAAGGAUCCCGUAGAUGAUGAUAUUGCGAUUCCGGCGACGAGCCGGGUGUUAUUUUUUGAGGGUAACUAUUUGAGUUUGGAUGUUUCGCCGUGGAAUGUGGCGGCGGGGCUUAUGGAUGAGCUUUGGUUUGUGGACGUUGACUUUGAGGUUGCUAGGAAGAGGUUAAUAAAGAGGCAUGUUAAGGCAGGAAUUGCGAAGGAUGAGGCUGAUGCCGAUAAGAGGGCCCGAGAGAAUGAUUUGGUUAAUGGGCAGGAGAUUGUUGAUGGGAGGUUGCCGGUUCAGGAGGUUGUUGUUAGUAUUUUUGAUCCGGUUUGGGAGGGAUUAUGA